AUGGAUCACGUGAUCAUAGUUGGUUAUGAUAUGAUCUGCGACUUUGGAGAAGUUGAGGACAUGUGGCUAGUGGGCGGCUUGAAGAUAUUGAUACUUGAUAACUAUCAACCCAAUAGUGAAACUGAGGAAAUUAUAAACAUGCCAGAUCCUACAAUACUCAUACACGACCCUUUUAUGUUACAAGAAGAAUCCACAUCAAGCCGAAGUACAUCGAAGUCACAUUUAGUGCAUAAAAAACCAUUACUUCAAGCUCUCAACAGACAGCUCAACUCUGACACUGCAAACAAUAACGUGUUAGCUGAACUAAACAGGCCUCAUGCUACAAUCAGACGACCAAUAAUUCACAGUUCUGAGUCAGAUACUUCUAUUACUGAUAAUUAUGAAGAAGAAGCAUUACAAAAUGUACAAAAUGGACUACAAAAUGUUGCAGAGCAGGCUUUAAAUGUAUACAAUUUAUCUGAAGAUGAAAAUGAAUAUCAGCUAUCAUUGCCACAAGAUCAAGGUACUCCUAUCAAACAAAUUAGGACCUCGUGUCACAACAAUGUUAAUGUAAAAACGCAAGGCUCUGAAACAAGUGACGACGACGACUCGGAUUACAAUAUUCCAUUAGAAAGACUGAGAAUCAAAAAGAGUCUUAAAACCCCAUUUCAAAAAUUAUUGCCUACACCAACCUAUGCCGUCAUAAAACAAAAACCAAGGCGCAAAGCAAUCAAUUAUAAAGGCCGCAUAAUAACAAAGGAUAUAUUUACUGACAGAGAAAAUAAAAAAGAACGCCAAAGGAACCAAAAAGCAUCUAAUAAUGGAAUUAAGAAGAACCAAAAGAAAAAAAAAGUUUACAAUGAAAAAACAAAAGAAAAUCACAACACAGUAGAUGAAGAAAAAAAAAAGAGCGGUUUUUAG